AAACCCCGCAAGAAGUGAAUGCUUUAAAUAAUUAAAAUAAUAAAUAUAUUAGUUAAAACUGUGAUUUAAGUGCUAAAACCAAACUCAUUACAUCAAUAGACCUGCAAACCUCAUAAGAUUUUAAAAAUCAAGUAAGAAAAGUCAUGGAUUUAUUAAGCGCAUUACCUGAAGAGAUUUUUAAUGAAAUUGGAUCAUAUUUGAAUGGCAAAGACGUCCUUAAUUCUACACUCGUCUGCAAAGGAUGGAAUCAAAUGAUAGGGCAGUCUAACGAAUGUAUGAAGAAAAUAACUGCAAAAUACACAAACUAUAAUUACAAAAUUGAUCUAUCAACACUAUUAACCAGUGAACAAAUUGAUUACGAUGACGACGACAUUGAAUGUAAUGAACCAUUAUUGGAAGGAGCUGCAUUGACGGCAACAUCGUCACUCAACGAACGUGGACCAGAAAACGCACGACUGAAUGGUGGCAACGCGUGGACAUCAUCGAUUUCUGAUUUCCAACAAUACUUAAUCAUCGAUUUGGGAUCACCAAAAAAUAUCACAAGAAUCUCAAUUCAAGGUCGUCCAAAUCAUAAUGAGUAUGUUUCUGAAUUUAGCAUAAGUUAUGGAUACAAUGGACUUGAUUAUGCGGACUAUAAGGAACCAGGUGGCAACACAAAGCUCUUUAAGGGUAAUGAAGACGGUGAUAGAGUAAAGCACAACAUAUUCGAUGUACCAAUUAUCGCACAAUGGGUUCGUGUUAAUCCCACAAGAUGGAAAGACAGAAUUUCUCUCCGUGCUGAACUUUAUGGAUGCCAUUACUACGCUGAGACUGUUUAUUUUAAUGGAACAAGUUUAAUGAGUCUUGAUUUGCUCCGAGAUCCGAUUUCUGCAUCACGUGAGACUGUUCAAUUCCGUUUCAAGACAUCACAUGCCAAUGGUGUACUUUUGUACUCGAAGGGCACUCAAGGAGACUUCUUUGCACUUCAACUCUAUGAGAAUCGAAUGAUACUCAACCUGAAUUUAGGUUCAUCCUCAAUGAGUUCAUUUUCUGUUGGCAGUUUACUCGACGAUAAUGUUUGGCAUGACGUUGUCAUAUCCCGAAACAGACGUGACAUUUUACUCUCCGUGGAUCGUGUUGUUGUUGAUGGAAAGAUAAAAGGAGAUUUCGAUAAAUUGGAUUUGAAUCGUAUGCUGUAUAUCGGAGGUGUACCAACAAAAGAGGAAGGUCUUGUUGUUAAUCAAAAUUAUACUGGAUGUAUUGAGAAUUUGUAUCUAAACACAACGAAUUUUAUAUCGGAAAUGAAGGCUGCAUAUAGUGAGGGACAAUAUAGUCGAUUUGAUAAAGUAAAUACAUUCUAUAACUGUCCAGAACCACCAAUAAUGCCGGUAACAUUCUUGACACGAACAUCAUAUGCUAGAUUAAAGGGAUAUGAAGGAGUUAAAGCUUUAAAUGUGUCAUUGUCAUUCAGAACUUAUGAAGAUAAAGGGUUAAUUAUUUACCAUGAAUUCUCUUCGAAAGGAUAUGUCAAAGUGUAUUUAGAAGAUGGUCGCGUCAAGACUGAAAUAAAGACAGAUGAGAAGGAAUUUCAUAGCUCUGGAGAUCGUCGUCGUGGCAUAGUCCUUGAUAAUUAUGAUGAGCAAUUUAAUGACGGUAGAUGGCAUUCAUUAAUUCUCACAAUUAAGCAGAAUAGUCUCGUUAUUGAGAUCGAUCAACGUCCAAUGAGAACUGAGAAAUUAUUUUCAGUCAUGACUGGUGCUUGGUACUACAUUGGUGGCUCAAAGACUAAGGAAACUCAUAACAUUAUUAAUAAUCGUGAUGGAUUUAUUGGAUGUAUGAGACAAAUAUCAGUUGAUGGAAACUUUAGGUUACCUCACGAUUGGAAGGAUGAAGAUUUCUGCUGUAAAAAUGAGAUUUUGAUGGAUGCAUGUCACAUGAUUGAUCGUUGUAAUCCAAAUCCAUGUAAGCACAGUGGACACUGUAAGCAAAACUCUUAUGAAUUCUUCUGUGACUGCGGAAAUAGUGGAUAUUCAGGAGCAGUUUGUCAUACAUCAUUAAAUCCACUGUCAUGUCAGGCAUACAAAAACAUCCAGUCUGUCAGUCAAAAAGCUCAUAUUAAAAUUGAUGUAGAUGGGUCUGGUCCAUUAGAUCCAUUUGAAGUCACUUGUGAGUUCUUAUCUGAUGGUCGUGUUCUGACUGUUUUGGGACAUUCCUCAGAGCAAUCGACAGUUGUUGACAGCUUCCAAGAGCCUGGAUCUUAUGAUCAAACUAUUGAGUAUAAUGCAAGAAUGCCACAAAUUGAAGCUCUACUUAAUCGAUCACGUGAAUGCUCUCAAAGAUUGACUUAUGGCUGCAAAUCUGCAAGACUGUUCAACACUCCAUACUCCGAAGGACAGACAUUCACACCAUUUGGAUGGUGGUUAUCACGUCAAAAUAGAAGAAUGGAUUAUUGGGCAGGUGCUUUGCCAGGCUCGAGAAAAUGCCAAUGCGGUAUAGUCGGUAAUUGCAUUGAUCCAACAAAAUGGUGCAAUUGUGAUGCAAAUCUCUAUGACUGGCAAGAGGAUGGAGGUGAAAUUAAAGAUAAAGAAUAUUUGCCUGUUCGUGGAUUAAGAUUUGGUGAUACUGGAACUGCAUUGGAUGAAAAACAAGCAAAAUAUACUCUCGGACCGCUUGUAUGUGAAGGAGAUGAUUUAUUUAAUAACGUUGUGACAUUCCGAAUUACGGAUGCAACAAUAAACUUACCACGAUUCGAUAUGGGCCAUUCAGGAGAUAUUUAUCUGGAAUUUAAAACAACACAAGAGAAUUCUGUCCUAUUUCAUGCGAAAGGAAGCACAGAUUACAUAAAGCUGUCGAUUAUUGCCGGUACUAAAAUAAAAUUCCAAUAUCAAGCUGGAUCAGGGCCAUUGGGCGUAGACGUAGAAACAAGUUAUCCAUUAAAUGAUAAUAAAUGGCAUUCAGUGAGUGUAGAAAGAAAUAGAAAAGAAGCGCGUCUUGUUGUUGACGGUGCAACAAAAUCAGAAGUUCGAGAACCACCAGGUCCCGUCCGUGCACUUUAUCUUACAUCGGAAUUGGCAAUUGGAGCGACUCUCGAUUAUCAGGAUGGUUUUGUUGGAUGCAUUCGUGCUCUGUUGCUUAAUGGAGUUCCAGUAGAUUUGCGCUCAUAUGCUGAGAGGAAACUUUAUGGCGUAUCAGCAGGUUGCAUCGGUAGAUGUGAGACCAAUCCAUGCUUAAAUAAUGGUACAUGCUUCGAGCGUUAUGAUGGUUUCACAUGCGACUGUCGUUGGAGUGCAUUUAAAGGACCUAUUUGUGCCGAUGAAAUUGGAGUGAAUUUACGUUCCGACUCAAUUAUUAAAUACGACUUUUUGGGAUCAUGGCGUUCAACAAUUAAGGAAAAUAUACGUGUCGGAUUCACAACAACGAAUCAAAAAGGAUUUUUGCUUGGCUUUAGUUCCAAUAUUACAGGAGAAUAUUUGACAAUUCUUGUAUCAAAUUCUGGUGCUUUGAAGUUUGUGUUUGAUUUUGGCUUUGAGAGACAAGAAAUUUCAUUCCCAGGCGUUCAUUUUGGUCUCGGGCAGUUCCACGAUGUUAGAUUUGCAAGAAAAAAUUCAGGAUCAACUGUCGUUAUUACUGUGGAUAACUACGAACCAAAAGAAUAUCAUUUUGACAUUAAAGAUUCAGCAGAUGCACAAUUCAAUAAUAUACAGUACAUGUAUAUAGGCAAGAAUGAGAGUAUGACAGACGGCUUUGUGGGAUGUGUCUCGAGAGUUGAGUUUGAUGAUAUUUUCCCACUCAAGCUUCUGUUCCAACAGAAUCCACCACCAAAUGUCAAGUCAAUGGGACCAUCUGUCCUGUCAGAAGAUUUCUGUGGUGUUGAGCCUGUAACCCUUCCACCAGUUAUGAAGGAAACUCGCCCAGCUCCAAUCAUUGAUGAAGAUAAGUUGCGUUCAUAUGAUGGAAUCAGUGCUGGAUUUCUAGGAGGUUUAUUGUUUAUAAUCCUUCUUUUGUUAUUGAUUAUGGCCAUAUUAAUCUAUCGUCAUAUGUCACGACAUAAGGGCGAAUAUUUGACUCAAGAAGAUAAAGGAGCAGAUGAUGCUCUAGAUCAAGACGAAGCUGUCGUUCACUCAACAACAGGACAUCAUGUUACAAAGAAAAAAGAAUGGUUCAUUUAAAAAUAAAGAAGUAAGUCGAAGUUUGCGUUGUUGCCAAUUUUUUUUAAGGACGAAACGAUGUUCUUACCAUGAAAAAAUAGAUUGAAUCUCGUAUUAUAUUAUUUUUUUUACAUAACAAGCACUUUGCAUACCUACAUCUUAAUUAUGUCUCUCAUAUCAGAGCUAUCGUAUAUAUUUUAAAUGCUUCCAUCUCCUGAAUCCUCGUUAUGGUGAGGAUCAACAAGUCUACAUUAUCGUACUCGAAGAAUCAGCUCUCAUUGCAUUUUUAUAGAACAUAUGUUGUGCAUGUAACUUUUAUGUUCACUUAUAUUUUACAUAAAUCAUUUGUGUAUGUUAAUAUAAGCAGCAUCCCGAGUGACUUGUUGCUUGCAAUGUUGUACUUUUGAACUUUUUAUUUGAAUUUU